AAGAGAGACACACAGGCAGGGAGACAGGAUUCCAGAGGAAGGAGAGGAGCCUCUGGGUUGGAGUCUGACGGGCUGCGGUUGAGCUGGAAAGAACCAGGAUUCAUUUGGUUUUUACAGACGAGCCCAGGUGAGCUCCAGCUGUUUCCCAGCAGGACCUGCCUUUCGCUGCCGCUGAGCGGUCGUCUACCUGAGGAGCAUGGUGGUGUUGGACCUGUCGGACGAUCGGACGGAGGAUCAAAAUGCUGACAUGUAAAGUUGCCUCUUAUUGCUGCUGCCCGUGGUUCAUCUGGCUGCUGCUGCUUCAGGACGUGAGCGGUUCGGCUCCGUCGGACGACCAGCCCUGCAGCAUCUGUGUGCUGGACUCAGCAUCUGGACUGGACUCUGUCUCACUGACUGUUGGCACAUCUGGACAGAACUGCUCCUUCAACGUGACGUCUGUGGACGCCGACGCCGACGGCACCGAGUGCAGGAGGAAGAGAGGAGCCGAGGAUGGAAGCCAAGGAGCAGGUGACACAUUCACCUGUGCCCUGGAUCACCUGGAGCCGGGAACCGCCUACGAGCUGCAGGUCCAGUCCCAGACGGACAACGAGACGGCCAGUCUCACCCUGCACACCCGACCGUCGGCGGUGAGAGACCUUGUGGUGACCCAACGGACCUGCAGCAGCCUGGCUCUGUCCUGGCAGGCCGGUCCAGGCAGGACUCAGCGCUUCAGGCUGCAGCUGUGGGAGCGAGCUCAGGGUUCGGAUCACUCAGGUUUGCUACUGAACAAGACGCUGGAGAGCACCACAACACAACACACUCUACUGGACCUCACACCAGGGCGACUGUACAACGUUACCGUGGUGACGGAGGCUGGCGAUCUGCAAAACAGCUGGAUGAUCGAGGCCCAGACAGCUCCCUCUGCUGUUUCCAACCUGACCGUCAAUCACUACAACAGCACAAGCGUGUGGUUGUCAUGGCAACGGCCCAAAGGGGAUCUGGAUGCCAUUACUGUGACCCUCUCGACCAAUGGCGUAAACAGCUGGGAGACGACUCUUUCUUGGAACGUCACCGAGGCCUGGGUGGAUCAGCUGACUCCUGGCUUGGCCUAUCAAAUUGUUGUGUUGUCCAAGAGUGGCGGGCUGAAGAACCAAUCAGAGCUCACCUUCAGAACAGCUCCAGCGCCGGUCUCUCUCCUCGCUUUGUCUCCUUCCGACAACGGCAGCCUCCUCUUGUCCUGGUCUCCUCCAGUCGGUCACUGGGAGAACUACCGGCUGCUCCUGUUCGACGGCUCCAAGCAGAUAGUCAAAACCACACUGGACCGGGACACAAAGACAUUUUUCUUCCCGGCAUCAGAACUAACCCCUGGGAGGCUGUACCGAGCUGUGCUGAGCGUGGAGAGUGGAGGAGCGACGGCGGAGAGCAGCUGUGAGGCAGCAACAGCUCCCGCUCCGGUGGUGGAUCUCCACAUUCGACAUGCGGAUGAGACGUCGCUCAGUGCCAUGUGGAGCCACGCCCCCUCUGGGUCACGUGACAACUACUUCCUGUCCAUUCGCCACGGUAAUGUUACUGUGGAUACCAGGGAGGUGGAGCCACACAUGAGGGAGUGCACCUUCAACGUGCUCACUCCGGGACGCCUUUACUCCAUCAUGGUGUCGACCAGGAGAGGGAGCCUGAACGCCUCCGUGAGCGUGGAGGGCAGGACAGUUCCUGUAGCAUUGACUUCUAUCAGACUGAGCAGCUCCAGGGUUGACAGCCUCCAGGCAUCAUGGGAGAAGCCAGCAGGCGACGUGGACUCGUACGCGUUGUCUUUGCUCAGAGCUGGAGAUGUGCUGCAGAACUACAGCGUUCCUGUCAGUUCCUCCUCACUGCAGAUGUCGGGUUUAGUGCCCGGCACCUUCUACAACCUGCAGGCCGUCACCAUCAGUGGGGGGGUUCGUUCCAGAUCUUUCAGUCUGGACGGAAGCACAGCCCCAGCAGCCGUCUCUGAGGUAAUCGUUUCCAACGGCGGCAAGUCAGAUGCUCUGCAGGUGUCAUGGCAACCAGCAGUAGGCGUGGUCGACAACUACCAGGUUCGUCUUCAGUUUGGGAUUCAAACCAUCCACCUUUGCACCGUGUCGCCCCCGUCGCCGCUGCAGUGCUCCUUCAGCUCACUGGUGGCUGGACGGCUGUACUUGGUCGUCAUAGUGACCAGAACCGGCAUCUUGGAGAAUGCCACCACGAUUCGAGCACGGACACAACCUGCAGCUGUGCAGAACCCAACCGCGAUCCACUCGGCGAGAGACGACUUCCUUAAGGUUUACUGGCGCCACGCAGCAGGAGAUCUGGACCGCUACGUGGUUCUCAUCAGCUACAACCACAGCGUGCUGCAGAACAAGAGCGUCUCUACCGGACACAACGACUGCGUCUUUUCGUCCCUGACGCCGGGGAGACUUUACACCGUUACCGUGGAAACGUGGAGUGGCGACUACGUCAGCAGCGUCUCCACCGACGGACGCACCUUUCCGGGGUCUGUGGGUAACCUGUCGCUAGGCAACGCAGGAACUGGUGACCUGAUGUUGACCUGGAGUCGGGCCCCCGGGGACGUGGACCACUAUGAGGUCACUCUGUUCUUCAACGACACUCAGGUUUUCCCUCCCGUCACGUUGGGCAGCGAGGUGCGACACCACCAGCUGACCUCACUCACACCGGGGCGUCUAUACAAGAUCGUGGUGUCAACGUUCAGUGGACCGAACCAGAGGCCCCAGUUCAUCAUGGGGCGGACAGUUCCCAGCACUGUUGGAAACCUCCACCUGGUUCCUCCCCUCAACCUGAAGGACUCGGACGGCAGACUGUCGGCCACCUGGACGCAUGGAGAAGGAGACCUGGACCUGUACGUGGUGUCCCUCUUCGGCCCGGGCGGUUCAGUUAUCGAAACUCGUCCUGUCCCCAAACACGUCACCUCCUUGGACUUCUCAGAGCUGAUCCCCGGCGCCAUGUACUCCAUCACUGUGCAGUCAAAGAGCGGGACGCUGACCAACAGCAUCACAGCCUUGGGCCGGACGGCGCCGGCCCGAGUCACGGCCCUGCAGGCGGACAACGACCACACCACCCACAGCCUGACGGUCAGCUGGGAGCGGCCGGUGGGCGUGUACGACGGCUACACCCUGCAGCUCCUGGACGAUGCCGGCGCCCUCGUGGUCGACCGCUCGGUGUCCGCUGGGAGUCGCAGCGAGGUGCUGGACGGCCUGACGUCAGGGAAGCGGUACCGUGUGAAGGUGGCGACUCUGAGCGGCGGCGUGUCUUCGCCCGAGGCCACCGCGGACGGACAAACACGUCCGGCUGCAGUCAGUAACCUGACGGCCUCCUCAGCCAGCACCUCCUCGCUCUCCUUCUCCUGGCGUCCGUCGAACGGACACGUAGACAACUACAACCUGUCGCUGCACAGCGUGGUGGAACCGGGCCACGGAGAAGACGCCGCGGGCAGCAAGGAGCAGCUGCAGAACGCCGGCCCACAUGCAGACAGCUGCGUUUUCUCCGGCCUGAGACCCGGCAGUCUGUACAGGCUGCAGGUGCUGAGCUGGAGCCGAGGCAUGAGCAGUGACUCGUCCGUCCUAGCCAGGACCGUCCCGUCUGCGGUCUCAUCCCUCCAGGUUCAGAGUUCAGGACGGAGGGACAGACUGGCGGUCAGCUGGCAUCAUGGCCAGGGCAGCCGGAGCAGCUACGAGGUGGUUCUGUACGACGUUUCCGGAGCGGUUCUGGGAUCUCAGCUGCUGGGACCAGACCACACCAGUCACUUGUUCCCUGGGCUGAUCCCCGGUAGACUGUACCGAGCAGAGGUGGUGACACACAGCGGACAGCUGACCAACAACGCCUCAGCGAUGGGACGCACCUCUCCAGGACCUCCCACCCACCUGUCCGUCAAACAAGGCCCAGCCAAUGAGACCAUAGAGCUGUCGUGGUCCGGUCCUAACUUUGGGGACUAUGACAACUUCAGCCUCCAGUGGACGCCCCCAGACCAGCUGUCAGUCACGCGGCCUCAGCUGACCAGGUGUGUCGUAGGCGGGAUGUUUCCGGGCCGACAGUACAACUUCACCGUGAUGACUGUCAGCGAGGGUGGGGCCGGGGCCGGGCUCACGGUCGUGAGCCAGCCAAUCCAGAGAAGCGUUAGAACAAGGCCGUCGCCUCUGAAGUCCGUCCACUGCUUCCCCCUGUCCUCGUCCUCCAUCUCCUGCUCCUGGUUGCCCCCUUACUCUGACUUUGACUCCUAUGAGGUAGAGUGUCGCCGUUAUGACGACGGGGAGCUGAAGUCAGCGCUGAGACUGAUGGGGGGCGAUACUUCAGUAACACUUAAUGACCUAGAGGCAUUCAGGAAAUACUCUGUGAUGGUCAGAGUGUCAUCGGCUGGACAGACAAGUCCACCGGCAGCACACAGCACAGUCACCAUGAUAGACCGUCCACCGGUACCGCCACCCAGCAUCCGGGUCAGCGAAAGGUCGUCAAAGCUCAAGUCAUCCUCCAUUCUCUUCCGUUUCAACUGCUCCUGGUUCAGCGACGUCAACGGAGCUGUGGAAUACUUCGCUGUGAUCGUGUCUGAGUCUGAAGCCAUGGAGCUCCAGCAGCCAGAGCAGCGCCACCCUCUGCCCUCGUACCGCGACUACGCCCGCAACUCCUCGGUGCGAACGUACCAGACGGGGUACUUCCUCAGCCGCUGUCCGCAGGACGCCGAGAGCUCUGCAGCACAGGUGGUGGAGGUGAACGUGGGGGCGGGAGGGGACCGGCUGGGCGGGGCCUGUGAUGGUUUCCAUGACGACGACCUCUACCUGAGUGACAGCUACGGCGGCUUCUGCGACGGGCCGCUGAAACCGAAGACAUCCUACAGGCUCAGCGUUCGCGCCUUCACCAGGCUGUUCGACGAGAACAACAGAGAGUUCCUUCAGCCGCUGUUCUCCGACACGUACCUCUCUGCACCGCUCCGGACGCAGGCAGAGCCUCUAGGUGGCGUCGUGGAGGGUCUGAGCGCGGGGAUGUUCCUCAUCGGGAUGAUGGUGGCCGUGGUGUCUCUGCUGGUCUACAGACAGAGGCUGCGCAAAGUGGCCGUGCAGGAGAACCCGGUGGUGAGGAUGAGCAUGUGGAAGGAGGUGCCAACUUCAGGGGUGUAUCUGGGCGUCAGGAGUAACCGGCGGGUCACCAGUCCCAUCAAAACGUGCCACUUCGAGGCACAUCUGACCAAACUCCAGGCCGACUCCAACUACCUGCUGUCUGAGGAGUUUGAGGAUCUGAAGGACGUGGGCCGUAACCAGACGAUGGACGUGGCCCGACUGCCAGAGAACCGAGGGAAGAACCGCUACAACAACAUCCUGCCAUACGACUCCACCAGAGUGAAGCUGUCGUACCUGGAGGACGACCCCUGCUCCGACUACAUCAACGCCAGCUACAUCCCCGGAAACAACUACCGCAGGGAGUACGUGGCCACGCAGGGGCCCCUGCCCGGCACCAAGGACGACUUCUGGAGGAUGGUGUGGGAGCACAGCGUCUACAACGUUGUCAUGGUGACGCAGUGUGUGGAGAAAGGACGGGUGAAGUGUGACCAGUACUGGCCUGCAGACAAGGAGCCUCUGUACUACGGCGACCUGGUUAUUCAGAUGCUGUCGGAGUCGGUGCUGCCAGAGUGGACCAUCAGGGAGUUUAGGAUCACAUCGGAGCGAGCUUACCCUCGGCUGGUGCGUCAGUUCCACUACACCGUGUGGCCUGAUCACGGGGUCCCAGACAGCACCCAGUCCCUGAUCCAGUUCGUCAGGACAGUCCGGGACUACGUGGACCGAUCGCCCAGCACCGGCGCCACUGUUGUUCACUGCAGUGCUGGUGUUGGCCGCACGGGGACGUUCAUCGCCUUGGACCGGGUUCUGCAGCAGCUGGACUCAAAGGGGAGCAUCGACCUGUACGGCUGUGUGUUUGACCUGCGCCUGCAUCGCCAGCACCUGGUGCAGACAGAGUGCCAGUAUGCCUUCCUGUACCAGUGCAUUCGAGACGUCCUCAGAGCCAAAAAGCAUCGCAGCGAGCAGGAAAAUUCUCUCUACCCCAUCUAUGAAAACUUCAACCCUGACUAUUGCCGCGACUUCAUCUACAGGCAGUGAUGUGAUGAAGAUGCCAAACCUCUCACGCAGGAAACAAGCGUUGCUGGUUGUUUUUUUCAUUUUCUCUGCUUCUUGAUGAAGGUCGUGACCUUUGUCAGUGUUUGAGGGUUUUUGGAAGUUGAACAUCUCUUGACUCACUGCUCCACAUAAGCUGUUUAUUUAAACAUGACACGUUUUGCUGUAUGUAAAUAUUGAUGUAAUACUUUAUUUCUACAUAUAAUGAACAUAAACGUUCCCAGACGUAACCACCUCUUUUAAUUUAGUAGCUUCACCACAUGACUGUUAUUCUAAGACACAGAAGUAUCACAAACGUCCCUUCUGGUUUAUUGGUUCAUACAAAGUCGCUAUCAUGGUUCAUUCUGGGUAACGGUGUGACACGGCUGUGCUGAUCAUGGCUGUUGAGACGGACACAGUGCAUCCGUUCCAUGCCAUUACCCAGAAUGCAUUGCUCUGCCAAUAACAGUGGCCACUCACCAGGAGCAGCUUUUACAGCAACGUAAUAUUUCUGAGUCUUAGUAUGACGGAGUCCAGCCGUGGUCCCUGUGGUCCACAUAAACGUUACAGCGUUAGAUACCAGUGAUCGAUUGUCGUCCACAAGAACAACAUUUUCAGUUAUUGUUGCUAUAUUCAAGGAAAAUGCGUGACUUUUAUUUUUAUAAACUGCUGGAUGAUUUAAAUGUUUUAAGUGAUUAUUGUUAUAUUUUGUGACUUAUAUCAGCCAGUUUCUAUAAAAUGGACUAUAACUGCACAAUAAAAACAGCAUUCACAUUUUUAUGAAAUGUAAAAAGAAA